UGAUCUUCUGUCUAUCUCUCUUCUGAAUGCCGUUAAGACGUAUCUUUUUGAUUUUUUCGGUUAUAGUAACCCAUGUCGGCGGUUUCUUCUUCAUGGUUGAGUGCUAAGGCUAACCGUAUGGAUUCUGGGUCCAUAUAACUCCCGGGCUCUCAGUUCAAGGAAGUACCUAUAAGUUACGGAGCCGUCAAAGAAAAAAAAAUCUUCUCAAAGUCAUACUUAAAGCUAAAAGCUAUGGAUGAUAUUUUUGCCCACAUUGGUCUGGCAGCUGCUGUCAUUACUCUCGUGCUGCUGCUCCUUAACAUUAUUCAUCUGCAGAAUAUUAUUUCAUCUCGAAACGAGCUUCACCCCACACAGCUUCGAUACAUACAUAUUUCUUUCAUUGCAUCAACCUCACUUGGUGUUUCUAUUUUGAUGGCCCUGUCAAUUCGUACCGAGAGAAACUGGCUAUUCAAAUAUGGCGUUUCCCUGGCGAUUUACGCAAGUCUCAUUAAUGAGGUGCGUUGACUUAAGGAUACCUAAGUGCAAAGCUCAUAAACUAAAUAAGCGGCUUUUAUGGGUCCGACAAUGGGAUAGGAGGACGCCGCUAAAGGUCUUGAUGUUGGCCGCUUAUUUCUCCGCCUUGACGCUUGCUAGUAUCUACUUGAGUGCUGGGUUGAACAUAGAUAUCGCAGCAUUCGUUGUUAUCGUGCUUAACCGCUCCUGGUCUUCCGCAGAAUGCUUCUUUGACUUCCAAUACCUGGAGAUGGACACGCCUUUGCUCUAUCCCAGUAAUACUCCAGUUGAAGACAAUAGAAUCAGGAAAGGAUGGGAUGUGGCAACGAUUUUAGUCCAUUCCGUUUCUGCGGAGGGGAUGCUAGGGUUCUGCAUUUACAAGCAGCUGCAGUUACCAACGUCUGGGCCAGAAUUUUCGUUACUCAUAUUGUACUUUAUAUGUCUUCCUGGGGAAGUAAUGUCAUUAUGCUGCUGCUUCCAGACCACUAAUCACACUUGUACAUACUUCUUACAUAGACUUCGGUACCAUAGGGGCAUCGGUCGUGUGGAGAGUCUGGAAAUGACUUCAUGAUAAGCGAAACGGGAUAUCUGAAUAAUUUAAAAGUCCG